AUGGCUGCUACCAACACCUCGACCGAGAGAGUUUUUGGAGUUACGAAUAUUAAAACUCACAUUCCAUUGAUCCUUGACCUCGAUGAAUGUAACUAUGAUGCGUGGAGAGAGUUGCUACUAAUGCACUGUCUCACCUUCGACGUUCUCGGUCACAUUGACGGAAGUUCCACCCCCACGGGAGAUGACGACGUUGCCUGGCACAAACGUGACGCGAUCGUCAAAUUUUGGCUCUAUGGAACUUUAGCAAAGCCUCUAUUCAAAUCAACUUUUCAGAAAGGAGGCAAUGCUCACGAUGUUUGGUCUCGGAUUGAGAACCAAUUCAGAAACAACAAAGAAGUGUGUGCGAUGCAAUUGGACAACGACCUACGGAACAAAGCCAUUGGUGAUCUCUCUGUUCAUGAGUAUUGCCAAGAGUUGAAGUCCACAGCAGAUCUCCUGUCCAAUCUUGACGCCCCUGUUGCAGACAAAACACUGGUAAUGUACAUGUUGAAUGGGUUGAAUGAGAAGUUUGAUUACGUCCUUAAUGUGAUCAAACAUCAGAAACCUUUUCCUACCUUUGAGGAAGCAAAGAAUAUGCUGGAGAUGGAGGAGACUCGACUUAAGAAGACUCAAAAAGUCACUGCCUCACAUAAUGAUCACUCCUCCUCCUCGUCCGCCCUUGUUGCCACAACGCCUACAAAUCUGCCUCAACAACAACACAACAAUCACCGCAGCAAUUCAGGCUGUGGUAACAGACGCGGAAACAAAUUCAGAGGACGUUACAACAACAACAACAACUUUCAUCAGCGACCAAACUACAACAACUGGAAUCCUCCUCCGUUCUGGUAUGGUCCUAACAACAACAACUGGCAGCAACCUCCACAUGCCUCUCUCAUGCCUUGCAAAACUUUCCUAAUGGACAGUCUCAACCACGUCCUUAUGCUCAGCAACUCCAGACAACUCCCCCGGCAGAAGCUCACUUCGCAAAUACCAAUUUGGUGCCAACAAGAGAUUUUGCAGAGGCCUUCAACACUAUGA